UGAGCGCGCGCGGAGCCUGGCGCCGGGUCCGGGGGGCGCGGUCGGAGCAGCUACGACCCGCGGGCCGCAUCCAGCCCGCAUAGCACCCGUGCCUGCGCCCUGGCAGGGGGCUGGCCCUGUCCUGCAGACCAUCCCCAGGUGCCGGAUCCUACUGACAGGAGCCUGCCCAUUCGCUGGAUCCAUGAGGAACUGGCACAUAGUUUCUUAGUAAAUGGCUCCAUGACACUGGAGAAAUUGAAAGACCUCUGCAGAGAAGAUAAAGAAAAUGUAAAUCCUUCAUAUCUCUUGCAGCUGUAUACUCAGGCUGUGUUGGACAUCACAUAUUUUGAGGAGAACAAGCUUGUGAAUGAAGAUUUUCCAGAAGAGUCUUCUUUACAGAAAGUUAAAGAACUAAUCAGUCUUCUUUUAGAACCAGAAAUUGUGGUUAAGGAAAGCAAUAUGCACCAGGAGCCCCUGAAAGUUCUUGGCAUAGAGUUGUUAGAAUGUUUAUACUGGAGAAAAGGAGCCCUACUCUACAUGUACUGUCACACUGUGAAAGAAAGGGGAGAAUGGCUAACAGAAAACACUGAAUGGUUUAAAAAGUGUCUUAAUGAUGGAAUUCAUUAUUUGCUGAAGAUGCUUAGAUUUAGAUGCCCUAUUCAGCUAAAUGAAGAAGUCUCAUAUAAUGAUGCAGACACUGCAAGACUUCUGAGUGAUGGUAUAUUUAGCGAUACCCAUUUGCUAGCCAUGAUGUACAGUGGAGAAAUGUGUUAUUGGGGCCUGAAGUAUUGUGAAGAAGGGAAGCAAGAAAGCCACAAAACAAAUCUGGAAUCUAAUAGUGAAUCACCUUACUGCUCCCACAGUGCAGUGCUGGAUUUCCGAGAGCAAGGAGAAAAAAUCCUAAUGACAUAUGUUGCUGUAUGCGAGGGCCCUUUAAAAGGGCAAAACUGGAACACAGCUACUGCGAAACAAAUCUUGGACUACUUCAAGACCUUGCUGAAGUAACUACUUCGUAUCAUCUAUCCCUAAUAAAAAAGUCACAACGUGAAGAACUGAAAUAGGAAGAGAUGAUCACUGCUGUACUAAGAACACUACCAAAACUGUAUUCUGACGUCUCUCAUUAUUCUGCUGCAUUGUUGAAACAAUGACACUUUUGAAUGCCCUUUUUUAAAUAUAACUACUCCUGAACCUCU